AUGCCUGGCGUACAACAUCUUAUCGACUUCGUGCUGAACGAAGUCGCACUCUGCGGCAAUCAAGGCGCAUCGUUAUCGGAUCUAUUACAAGCCAUUGAUGACUUCCAUACUCAGCCUCAUCAUGUGACUGCAAUAGACCAAAACAUUGACCAUCGUUUCAAAGCCAAAGUUUGGUCCUGGCUCACGGCUAACCCAGAGGUGUCUAUUGGUGAACACAAUGAGUGGAACCAUCUCACCUUGGAUGAAGCGGAGGAGCUUGACUCACGGACAAUGGAGAGCGAUGAACCCAAAAUGGAGGAUCCCGAGGCCAACCAAACCGUAGAUCAGAACCCUGAUUUACCGCCGCUUCGAAUCUUUGUCUCAGAAGAGAGAGCAUGGCUUGCCAUCACUGGCCAUCCACCAGAUGACUCCAAGGUACUACCUCUUGAAUUCGUCUUACUGUCGGUGAUUGCUUCACGUAAGUCAAAGGGUAUUGUGCAGCCGGACCUGGUGAAGCUCAGCGGCCAGGACAAACGGUCUGUUCCGAAGCGUACCGAUGCUUUGCAAAGAAAGGGCUACAUCGACAAGCGACCCGUUCAAACAAAAACGGCCCGAACCAGCCUCUGUACGCUACAGCGAUUCUAUCGCCACAUCACCAGUGAUCAAACAAAGGAAGAACCGGAAUCGAAGAACAUGAUUGAUUUUGAUAGCUUCAACACCACCUUGUUCGCCAUUCUCCGAGAGCACCAACUGAUUGCACGCAAUGAUUUGAAGCGACUCUUGGGCUUCGAUGACCAUUGGCGUUGGAAGGUUUUGUCCCGUGCCCUCCGCAAGUGGGAGCGGAUAGGUGUGGUACAACGUGUGAGAGCCGAAUCACAAUACGAAAGAAUGCAUCCUUGCGUGAAGCUUUUACGAGAUCCCACGGAGCAAGAUCUGGCCCUUUUCCAUGAAUUCAAUUUCGAUGUCUUGAACAAGCACGGGGUGCGAACCAGCGGAACCAAAUUUACCCCAGACCAAGACCAAGUCCUGGAGCUGGAGGGCCCAAGCAAAAGAUCGCCUAGCCCGGGAGACGGUGGCAUGGAUCAGAUCAAAGCGCAUGUUGGAGAUGCUGUACGCAUCGUACCAUCUUGGACGCCGGAUCGUAACCUCAACAACCAAAUCUUUGACAUCGUUGAAAGAACGGGCACAACAGGCAUCACGAACCAGAACCUGAACUCGACCUGCUUUGGGUCCUUUUACAGGAGACCUGCUGAAAGUAUGGUACAUCGCUUGGUCGACCUAUGGCAAGUGGCCCAGCCACUUCAUCUGCGCCACUACGCCAUUGUUCGAGAUUUGGCAAUGAAAAAGACCAUCAUGUAUUAUGUCCACUAUUCGGCGAACAACUUCGCAAAGCUCGUUGAAGCUGGUCAGGCAUCAUGGGAGGCCGUUGAGAUCCCAGCCAAGAAAGCCAAAUCGUUAAAAAUUGAGGCACCACCUUUUGGUGUGCUUCCUCAACUUGAUGAGUAUGGGUUCCUCAAAAAGGAAUUCCCAAAGAAUAUGCUGAAGGAUCCAAAUGCAACUCUACUUGACGGGAUCAUGGCUGUCAAUCCGCCCAACUAUCUCCUUUCUUCGAGCGAUCCGUUUGUUGUUGAACUUCCAAACGGUCAACAUGUGAUCCGUACGCGUACUGAUAAACUCCCACCUGGCUCCAAGCAGCAGUACGAGCCCCGUUUUCGGCCCAAGGGACGACCAAAAGGCAGAUUGAACCGCGCAACUCUAGAAAGGCGUGCCAGAGAAUUAAAAGCCAAAGGCUUUAAGGCGAAUGAACCCAUAGCCACAGAAUCUGGAGCUAGGCAACCCGAAGUUGGCGAAACCGAACCCAGGGAAUCUCAAGCCACGGAACCCCUGAUUGAACCCGAACUGGAGCCAAGCCAAGGUUAUGGCUGGGAAUAUGUCGAUGAAUCCCAGCGAGCCAAGAGAGCCAAGAUUAAAAACGACAGCCUUAGGGGAUUAUCGAAGCAAGAGAAGUUUGAAGCACUUGGCAUGGAUGAAAGUUGGACUGAAUACAACGCUCUUGUCAUGGACAAGCCUGCUCCUGGUGUGUAUGUGACUCCCCACGGCCGAAGAAGACCGGCAGGCAAAUCCCGAGGUCGCCCGAGACAGAGCCGAAUUGCCAUUUUCAAAUCGCCAAACUUAGCAUCAAUCCCUUGGUUCGUCAAGGACAAAGAUAACUCAAGUGAUGAUGACAAGGUAGGGGAUGCUGCUACCACCACUCAAGCAUCCGAGAGCCUUGCCCCUGAAGUUGCACCUUCAGUUAUUGACUCCGAGGGGCCCGUCAUGACCCCCACCCCGGCGACAUCGAGGCGAGCCAAGAGAACUCUACCUGACGAGUCAGGCGUCUCACCCACGCCACCAUCGGGUUUCAAGGCCAAUGAGCGGAGAAGCGGGAGACCUCCCAAACGAUCUCGUCUUCACAAGGCCCAAACGGGAAGCAAUGAAGGACCCUUGAGGGAUGCCAACGGGAUAUUGCCCGAGAAUGUAGUUCCAGCACCCCAAGAGGGUUCAAUCAAAACGAGUACGCCACGCCAUCGUGACAAGAGUGCCAACCUUCACCUACUCGAAGACGAGCAAACUGGAACUCCAUCAAAGCGACGCCGCGUAGCAUCCUCCGAACGCAGUGGUAACGACCACACAACUCUACGAUCCCCGACACCCCGUCCAUCUGAUAUCCCGACACCACGAUCUGGCUCAGUGGGCCCCCAGAAAUUCAAUUUUGGCGCUCACGGCACCAAGCCUGCAAAAAAACCACGAGCCCGGAGGAUCAAUAUCCGAACCAUGCAGAUUCCAGAGGAGGAAGGAUCGGGAUCCCCUAAGCCUUUGAUUGGGAGAGGCGGAUCCAUCAGUGUCCUUCGGAGAAAGCUCAUCAUGGAAAUCAUGGAAAAGGCUGAUGGCGUAUACCCGGCGGGCACUGCGAUGUGGUAUCCUUUUGUCACUGCAUGGAUGAAGUUUCAUCCCAAUGAAAAACCAGACAUGCGAACUAUCAAUACUGCAUGCAAGCAAUUGAUUGAUGCCGGCCAGCUUCGGCAGCUGACUUUCAGUGGCCGAGACACGAGGAAAGUGAUGGUGACAAGGACGCUGUUGUUGAAGCCUGAUAUGUCACCAGAUGAUCCGUUGGUGAAGGAAAUGCAGAGCAAGAUUCUGGCUACUGAUUUCCACGAGUCGCGGCCGUUCUUUGCGGCCAAUGUCGAGCUGGAUCCAAAUUUGACAAGAAAUAGUGGUCGACCACACGGUGCACCUCCCCGCGCGCAAAGAUUUUCCUUCCCGGUGGAAGAAGGAACUCAUGUUCACUUACAACAAAAGCCUCUUUCCAUUGUGAACCUAGAGCAAAGAAGACGGAGACAGGCUCAGGCGAAUUUCAUUAAGCGCCUGGAAGCCCAAGCCAAGGCUGCCAAGGCUGCCGAAGAAGAGGAUGAACUGCCUGAUCUGCCUGGAGUUCAGCGGCUCAUGACGCUCGCACGCCCUCCUGCAUUGGACCUUGAUUCUCAUCCGCACACAUCGAUUAUACGUCCAUAUGUUCGGACAGGUACAGUUGGUCCUGGCAAGCACCAAAAGUUUAUCAUACAUCCCAAACGGGUGAUGAAACCAAUUUCUGCCAUCGGAGCGUAUGCCAUGUUGAUGAAUCCGGUGCAACAAUUUGAUCCAACUACUGGGACUUUCUCCACAGGGUCGUGCUCGGCCAGACGCAGAAGGGCGAAGCCAAUGGCAGCAAAACAGCCGGUUUUGGACAUUGAGAAAUCCGUCGAUGAGUUAUCUAGCCUGGCUGGCGACGAACCAGACUUGCCGGAAAUUCCCAUGGCUGUGAAAGCCAGAGUUUUACUCUCGAGAUUUAUUCAGAAGACCAAAAAGAUCCUCAAGUGGGAGCUUCAUCAUCCAAAUCUCUUUGAAGCAAACCUUGCAGGCCAGCAGUUUAUCAACCAAACCGUUCAGCAUGGUUUCAAGCCAGCGCCGAUCACAGACGAUAUUCGCUUUGAUGUUGACCUGCCCCCUCCAAAACAGCCUCAAGUGGAACCAGAGCUGCCAGCACGGCGUAGCGAGGUCCGUCGCCAGCGUCAGCCUCUACCCCAGCCUGUACCUCAGCCUCCUCCAACAACUACUCCGAAAGAUGAGACACCAAAACGGACACCGAAGCCAAGAAGGACACGGGCUCCUCGGGCCCCGCGUGCCACUGUUACGGACCGUCGUCUGGCCAAACUUGAUGAUACUACAACAGCCGAGAAAGAAGCACAGUCCGUGAACCCCAAACGCAUGCGCCGACAGCGAUUCGUGCGUCCUAUCUCCGAGGAUCUCAAACAAAAACUGGUGGUUGCUCUUGUCGUCGUUCGUGUGCUUGCAGGCGGAGCGGAAUCAAGAGUGAUCGAUUGGACUCUUGUGACGAAAGCUUUCCCAGAUCAAGACUCGUCUUUCAUCGAAGCGCGAGCGCGUCAGAUACUCAGCAAGAAUCGCUUGCAGAUUACGAAGAUGCAUCGAGAUUUCCAAGAGUGCUUCCUUGAGGCUUAUGAAAAGGAUGAAGUUCCGCGCAUUGACUAUUCCGAUUUGGACGGCUAUGACUGGCCUGCCCUGGUUGAGUGGGCAAGCACAAGGCUCGAUAUUUCUCCAUCCGAACGGGCUCCGGACCUUCCAGCAACACGGCAGCAAUUCGACAGUGUGUUCGAACUACGUGAAGACGCUCUUACGGCAGGCGACGAACUGUACCAGGCUGUGCAUGGUGUCACUAUCAACCACAAACGCAACUUAAUGGCGCGCAAUCCAUUUGCUGUACCCCUGGAUGAUGAAACACGUACCCAACCGGUUCCAUCAAAGGUUGAUACGGCACAACUUGAGGCUGCAAAGACAUGGGUUCGCGCAAACAUCAUCACCGCAGAGGAGACCUAUCGACCUAAUGAGUCGAGCGAUAUCCUGCAGCGCUUUGGCGAUCGACUCAUCACCACUGCGACGCAGACGCUAAUCAACGAACGCGUCAUCAGCUCAACAACCCGUGGCCGCAUCACUCCGGGUCGCAACUACGAUAUCUCAGAAUAUUUCCUGCAGACACUGAGCCGCAAACGUGCCGUGGAAAGCACGCAGCUGCGUCGUGCCUCUCAUUUCAAGUCAAACAUAUUGGAUCUUCAAUUCCGGACUACCGGUGCAUCCGACAUCGAGUACACUGCAGAAGACGGCGAUAUCCUCGCGUUGAUCAAUCUCUACGCUUCGGGUGCUAUUCAAAUGAGACCUCGCGACGCUCCCCGCGCUAAGUUCGGUCUCACCGAUGGCGGAUACGAAACUCGGCAGAUGGACAAGAGACGCUUCCGUUUCCCUAUCGAGGUUACUCCCACCGCAACAUAUCGCUACGGUAACCCCGUCCGUGGCAAAGCUGCAGCUGCGGUCCUCCCACCAGCGCCUUCAUUAUCAGACACGAAAAUGCCGCCUAGGAACCCUCUUUGGUACGACAUCAAUGGAGAGUUCGUACACCGUCUCUGGGAUCUGGUGAUUGGCCCUGUCCUCGGAUGCCUGGUGAUGCGACCCGGCAUCAAGGCCAGUAACAUUUCUAACAUGAUCAGGCCCACCAUGGGCGCAUGGGAGACUGUGCUGAUGCUGCAGUGGCUGGAGGAAGUUGGCAUUGUCAAGUCAGAUGGCGAGGGGGAGAUGGCUUGCUGGAGACUACAGGAGUCUUGGUGGCUGAUUCUAUCUUGA